AUGUCAAUGGGUAAAUUGCCUCGAGCCAUGCAGUCUUUCGAGGAUUACCUUGAUAUCGCUAAACGCAUAGGGGACAGGAAAAACGAGGCUGAAGCCUAUUUCCUUAUCGGAACUGUUAAUGCUCGAGGGGGGUUUUUUAAUGAGGCAACAGAGUAUCUUGAGAAAGCGCUUACCAUGGCCAAAGAACUGAGAGACCAGGAAAUCGAGGCAAUGGUCUACGCCAGUUUUGGGGAAGUUCUUCGUAAACAGGGUGACUUUGAACGAGCCAUCGAGUACAACAAGAAAUGUCUUAAUAUGGUUCAGAAAUCGGGGCAGAGAAUAAUCGUGGGAAAUUAUUUAGCCAAUUUAGGUCGUACUUAUGAAAGCUCUGGAGACUUGCAUCAAGCGGUUAAUUAUUUUCAACGCAGUACUAAACUUUUCAAUGAGUUGAGAGUUCUGCAAGUUGACGAUGCGUUGAAAGUAAUCUUCCGCAAUGCACGUCAAGACAUUUAUCAGUCACUCUGCAGAACUUUGCUUAAGCUGUCAAAAUUCGACGAGGCAUUGUGUGCUGCAGACCAAGGACGAGCCGAGGCCUUGUUGGAUCUCAUCAAACUACGAUAUGGAUCCCAACUGGCAGUUUCUGAAUCAGUUCAGGCUAAACCAGAGAUCUCCGAAAUGGUCACUAAUAUCUCUGGUCCGACGCUUUUUGUUGCACUACAAGGAAACGCAGUUAACCUGUGGGUGAUCGGGAAAAACAGGAAUGUACAGUUUACAAAGAAAGAAGUGAAAUAUCUCCUUGGAGAUGCGACCGACUAUUUGAAUUGCUUAAGGGAGAAGGCGUACAAGGAAAUUCGAGGAAGAUUCAGGGUAAUCUGCGAAAACCGCACACUAGACGGGUCAAGUACCGAACAAGAAUUGCCACCCGCCGAGGAAAGAGGUGAAGAAACAGGAAACCCAUUACAGUCUGACGAGAAUCCUCUGCGUCUCUUUCAUGAGUGCAUCAUAAGUCCUAUUUCAGAUUUGAUCGAAGAUGGCGAGUUGGUUGUCGUUCCUGAUGGUCCACUGUGCCUCGCCCCUUUUGCUGCAUUUUUGGAUUCCGCAUCAAAGUACCUCAGUGAGUCCAUGAGGAUACGCAUUCUUCCGUCAUUGAUGUGUAUGAAACUGAUCAACGCUUCUCCCAAAGAAUAUCACAACAAGAGUGGGGCGUUGCUCGUAGGAGAUCCAUGUCUAAAAGACUUUACCACCUUGCUCGGAGAGAAUAGAUAUCCGCCCUUGCCCUGCGCCAAAAAGGAAGUGGAGAUGAUCGGAGCGAUGCUUGGUAUCCACCCACUCACAGGAAAAGAGGCAACCAAGGCUGAGGUGCUUAAGAGAAUCGGUUCGGUUGCUUUGGUGCACAUUGCUGCGCACGGAAAAAUCGAGACUGGGGAAAUUGCUUUGGCUCCAAAUCCAGAACGAAAAUACGUCAGACCAGAAGAACAAGAUUUCAGGCUAACAAUUUCCGAUGUGCAAGCUGCGAAGUUACGUGCAAAGCUUGUUGUGUUAAGUUGUUGUCACAGUGCCCAAGGCAAGGUGUCAAGUGAGGGUGUGGUCGGCAUUGCACGGGCUUUCCUUGGUGCUGGUGCUCGUUCGGUUCUGGUCGCACUCUGGUCAAUUGAUGACGAGGCUACCAUGGAGUUUAUGAGAAGCUUUUACCAACAUCUGAAGGAUGGAAACAGCGCCAGCGUGUCACUCAACCGGGCGAUGAAAUGUCUGCGAGAAUCAGAAGACUUUUAG